AUGGCAUCAUCAAACAGCUACAACUACAACAACCCCGAGCUGUCUGCAGUUCUGAAGACUCUAUCGACUUUUGCUGCUCCUGCCGGUGCUUCUUCUCCUCCUCCGACAACAACAGCAACAACAACAACAACCCCAAACCAAUCUUUCACCAGUGACGUCAACUCUCAUCACUUCCAUCACACAAGUACCAGCAACCUGCAGGGGAAGACGAACAAUGUUGACGACGGCGAUGACGAAUAUGAGCCUUUGGACGUGAUCCCUCCAGCUCCAGCUGCAGCUCCAGCUCAUGGCACACCCCUCGCGAGCGCUGCUCGUCAACAGACUACAACUACAACAACUCCACCAGCAAAACCCAACCCAAACGCGAACAGCGACCCCUCAACAAUCACAACCUGGCCCGCCGCCCUGAAACACGUCAUGCGAGCCGUAUCGCAGAACGAAGCGCUGCAGGCGCGCAUCCGCCGACUGAUUCGCAGCCAGCACGAGCACGAGCGGCAAUGGUGGCAGGGGCGCGAGGCGCUGAUCGCGAAGCAGAAGGCUAGAGUGGAGAAGAAGAGGCAGUUGGAUGAGGUUUUGAGGUCUGUUGGUGCACCAGUCACUACUUCUACAAGCAGCAAAGGAGGAUCGACCGAAGAAGAAAACGAAGCCGAGCUCAAGAACUACGACGCAAAAGUCUACAAGGCCUCCGUCGACAUGGCCAGGGCGAUGGACGCCGAACUACGCAAUCUAGGUAUCCCGUUCUUUGCCAUCAAGCCGAGUCUGGUCGUUCCGGAUGAACAGAAGAACAACAACGGCAACAAAAAGGACAAGGAAGUCAGAGCAGGUGAAGAUAGAUCACACCCGUCAUUAGGUUUGUCUUCUGCUGUCGGAACAGCAGCGGAGAGGAAAGACACGUCGACGACGACAAUAUCGAGGACGGAAUUGCUUACUUUGCAGCGCCGGAUGCUGGAACUCUUGCAAGAUCUAUGCAAGGAUUGA